CCAACUCCAACACUUACAAUUCAGAGCCCCCUGACAGCGAGUGCGCCGGUCGCCUUGCUUGAUUCCUUCACGUCCCAUACCCUGAACGCACGACCACGACGUGACCGCGCCCUACCUUCAGACACCGUCGUCCAGCCACUUCGCCUCGAGCCCCCCAUUCAAGAUGCGCUUCUCAACCAUCCUCCCUCUCGUCUCCGCGGCGAUGCUCGCUUCGUCUGCCGUAGCGCACCCCAUCUCCUCGAUCGCCUUCCGCAACGACGCUGACCUUGCGGAGCGGGCCCCCGGCGACCUGAAUACGUUCCGCCUCCUUGUUCGGGAUUACCUUGGCGAACAGUUAGCUGCACGCGCGCAUCACCCAGGGCCUUUUCCCGACCGGCUCGACUUCAGCCACGGCGAAUCAGGAUGGAAGGAUUAUCUGAACGAGCGCAAAAAUUGGAAUGCCAGGAAAGACGCAUGUAUCGCUGCUAACAAGAAAGAUGCGAAGGCCGACAAACAGUUCAGACAUGAACAGGCGUUUACACAGGCACAAUUUCACCGGGCAGCGCAACAGGCGAACCAGCACCACAAGCGUAGCAAAGGGGGUUGUAAGUAGUAGAACGAAGGCGGGUCUCCAGAGGGUCAGCGGUCAGCGGGGAAGCGGCUAGAUAAUUAGCAUGGGCGAGUACUUAACAACCGGCAUCUCGUACGAGCCUUCAUCGAUGGGAUAGACGUGACAAUGACGCGGAC